AAGAAGAAGAAGAAGAAGAAGAAGAAGAAGAAGAAGAAGAAGCGCAACUCAGGGUGCCCAAAACUUUUGGAGAAACGUCAGAAUCUGAAGAGAACUCGGUCAAGUCGUGAGAUCUUGUGUCCAGGACCGCAUCAGUGUAGAAUAAUGAUGUAAAGAUGGCGGAGCUACAAAUGCUUUUGGAAGAAGAAAUCCCAGCCGGUCGGAGAUCGUUACUGGAUAGUUUUACGAAUCUCGAAAGAGUUGCUGAUUACUGCGAAAGCAACUAUGUGCAGUCCCCAGAUAAGCACCGAGCCCUGGAGGAGACGAAGGACUAUACGUCCCAGUCCCUGGCCAGUGUAGCCUAUCUGAUCAACACCUUGGCUAAUAAUGUCCUCCAAAUGCUUGAUAUCCAGGCGUCGCAGCUCCAACGCAUGGAGUCUUCCAUCAACCAUAUCUCUCAGACGGUGGACAUCCACAAGGAGAAGGUGGCAAGGAGAGAGAUUGGAAUCCUGACUACCAAUAAGAACACAUCUCGCACCCACAAAAUCGUUGCUCCAGCCAAUCCGGAGAGGCCAGUACGCUACAUCCGUAAACCUAUAGAGUACAAUGUGCUGGAUGACAUCGGCCAUGGAGUCAAGGUCAACAGCCAGAAUAUGAAGAUGGGUGGAGGUCUCCCUCGAACCAACCCCCCGACCCAGAAACCGCCCAGCCCCCCCAUGCCAGGGAUGGGAACCAUUGGGCGCCACUCCCCCUAUCGGACGCUGGAGCCCGUUCGUCCUCCUGUGGUCCCUAACGACUAUGUCCCCAGCCCCACACGCAGCAUGGCCCAGCAGGAGAGUCCUGUACUCACCACUACAGUUAACCAGCGGACACACACCUACAGCAGUGGAGGCAGUCACCCCAACAGUCACCCCAACAGUCACCCCAGCAGCAGUGGAGGCAGUCACCCCAGCAGCAGUGGAGGCAGUCACCCCAGCAGCAGUGGAGGCAGUCACCCCAGCAGCAGUGGAGGCAGUCACCCCAGCAGCAGUGGAGGCAGUCACCCCAGCAGCAGUGGAGGCAGUCACCCCAGCAGCAGUGGAGGCAGUCACCCCAGCAGCAGUGGAGGCAGUCACCCCAGCAGCAGUGGAGAGAACAGUGGGAGUGGCUCUGUAGGAGUACCCAUCGCUAUGCCAACAGCCUCUCCAACAGGGACCUCUCCUCCUGCUACCCAAUCCUCACCGUCCACACCUGACCGCGCCCCUAACACUGAGGCCCAAUCGGCUGAGGCUGUAGCCGAGGCCCCUCUUCCCGCCCAAUAUCCUCUCUCUGCUGCAGCAAUCUCGGCGGAAGUCUCAGAUGCACCUCCUCCUGCAGAGGAGGAGGAGUCGGCCGUGAUUGAGUACAGUGACCCCUACGCCGAGGAGGACCCUCCCUGGGCGCCACACACCUACCUGGAGAAAGUUGUCGCCAUCUACGACUACGCAGCAGACAAGGAGGACGAGCUGUCGUUCAACGAGGGCUGUAUCAUCUAUGUGAUCAAGAAGAACGACGAUGGCUGGUACGAGGGUACUAAGACUGGUACCUCCGGGCUCUUCCCUGGUAACUACGUAGGAUCCAUCAUGCAUAACGCAGACUGAGGCCACCUUCCCUCCAAGCCCCAACCCCAGAGACACACUCUGAACCACAUCCCAGAAGAGAACAGGGAGGAGAUAGCUGUGUACCCAAUGCAUGGAUAACAUGUAUCUAUAUACGGGUUGUACAGACUACCAUGCAGACUAAUUAGUGCAUUGGGGUGUAAAAAGGAGACAUUGAAGAUAAUUGGUGGAGGAGACUUGGAUUACUGACUCAGGAAAAGAGGAAGAGGAGAAUCAAGACUGGGCUUCUGCUCACUGUGGAGUGAGAGAAGAGGAGUGGAGAAUCAAGACUGGGCUUCUGCUCGCUGUGGAGUGAGAGAAGAGGAAGAGGAGAAUCAAGACUGGGCUUCUGCUCACUGUGGAGUGAGAGAAGAGGAGUGGAGAAUCAAGACUGGGCUUCUGCUCGCUGUGGAGUGAGAGAAGAGGAAGAGGAGAAUCAAGACUGGGCUUCUGCUCACUGUGGAGUGAGAGACACACUACCAUACACCAUCGAAACUCAACAAGUAAUAACUACAAAUAACAAUCAUUUAUAAGACAUAUGAAGGAUAAACUGUUUUAAUAAAAAAAACUAUAUUUUAUUCCCUGUGUUUGGAAGGAAAGACAAGUGUUGGGGUUAUGCUAACUCCUCUAUCCUGAGGAAAAGAAACGAGUGGUCACCAUGGUUAUCUUCAUGGCUUUUUGCCAUGUUCACGUUGCCUGUGUAGGGGUUGGCUGAUAUGUCUCGGAUCUGUGAUUCUGGUCUGCAGGUGCAGAGCACCACAUUCCCUAUGUAGUGCACUAUUUAGGGAAUAGGGUGCACUAUUUAGGGAAUAGGGUGCACUAUUUAGGGAAUAGGGUGCCAUUUGAGACGCAUUCAUAGAAUAUUGGUACUUUCCCCCUUGUGGUGCUGAAUAUAAUGGACUUCCUGUCUCUGAUAGUAGUGGAAGGCAUCGGUCAACCCUCUUCCUGUCUCUGACAGUAGUGGAAGGCAUCGGUCAACCCUCUUCCUGUCUCUGACAGUAGUGGAAGGCAUCGGUCAGCCCUCUUCCUGUCUCU